AUGCUAUCCUAUCCUUUCCUUCCAGAAGCAAAAUGUCUUGGGUUGGUCUUGUGCUCCUGGCACUACACUGAUACAAGCACAGAAUUGGCAAUUCCAGAUCACAUUGUUUACUAGCAUAGCAGCAUGCAGCCAAUGUAUCAUCGAGUUACAACUUCUGUUUUGAUGGUUUAUAGUUCUUAUUAACACCCCUCCCUUGCUACACAUGCACAAAGAAGUUUUGUGCCUGUACAGGAACAUCUGCUUAUAAGUUUAUUUCUUUUCAGGAUUCAGCUGUGCGUGAGGAGAUAACUGCAAAGAAUUUCUAUUCUCCAUGUCUGGGAUGCUGCCAGCGUACAAGAAGAAUGAGUUUCCGCAGGCAGGUCAGUCUUCUGCUAUGGAAAAACUGGAUACUUCGGAAACGGCAGAAGCUUCGUCUUCUGAUUGAACUUUUAUGGCCUUUGUCUUUAUUUCUUGUCCUAGUCUGGCUGAGAAGUGUUAACCCAGUCUAUCGCCAACAUGAAUGUCACUUCCCAAACAAAGCCAUGCCCUCUGCAGGAGCCCUGCCAUGGUUACAGGGCAUCUUCUGUACCAUGAACAAUCCUUGUUUCAGAAGUCCUACCCGCGGAGAGUCUCCUGGUAUUGUGUCCAACUAUAAUAAUUCCAUUUUAGCAAGAGUGUACCAAGAUGCUCAAGAACUACUGCUGGAAAGCCAUGAAACAGAACUAGUCAAACUCUGGGAAGAAUUACGCACCAUCACCCAGUUUAUGGAAACCAUGAGGACGAAUCCUGAAAGGAUUGCAGGAAGAGGCAUACGAAUCCAGGAUAUCUUAAAAGAUGAGGAGAAUCUAACUAAGUUUCUGCUUGAAGAUGUAGGCCUUCCAGAUACGGUGGUUUACCACCUGAUUAAUGCACAAGUGCGGCCUGAACAGUUUGCCUUUGGAGUCCCAGACUUGACUUUGAAAGAUAUCGCAUGCAGCCAGGCCUUGCUGAAUCGCUUUAUUAUCUUCAGGAGUCCAAGUGGCUUUCAAGCUGUACAUCGUGCAAUGUGUGCCCUUUCCCAGGAGGCUUUGCAGAAAGUUGAAGACUCUUUGUAUGCAAAUACAGACUUCUUUAAGCUUUUUCAUCUGCUUCCUAGUGUUUUAGACAAUAACACACAAGGUCCUGACCUGCAGUUGUGGAGGCGAAUACUUUCAAAUGUGUCUCAAGCAGUGCAAAAGCUAGCACGUAGGCCAAGUGUUCAAGACCUUUUGUCUAUUCUGCAACCACUGCAAGAUGGAGAGUCAGCCUCCUUAUGGCAGCUGAUGAGUAAUCUAUCUGAUCUCCUCUGUGGUUACCCAGAAGGAGGUGGUUCCAGAAUACUCUCUCUCAACUGGUACGAAGAUAAUAAUUACAAGGCUUUCCUUGGGGUUGACUCCAUGAAGAAAGAAUCUAUUUAUUUUUAUGACAACACAACCACACCCUUUUGUAAUACAUUGAUCCAGACUUUGGAAUCCAAUCCUUUAACCAAAAUAGCCUGGAGGGCUGUAAAACCACUACUGAUGGGGAAAAUCCUCUUUGCCCCUGAUUUACCUGCUGUGAGAAAGAUAAUAAAGAAUGCGAAUUCCACAUUUGAGGAACUUGAGCGCCUCCAACUCCUGAUUAAAGCCUGGAAAGAACUGGGACCUCAGGUGUGGAACUUCUUUCAAAACAGUGUGCAAAUGAACAUGAUCCGGGACACUUUGCAAAAUCCUACAGUGAAAGGUUUCUUAAACGAGCAACUACAUUUUGAUGAUUUAACUGCUGAAGACCUGAUCAAUUUUCUCUACAAUGGGCCACCUGAGAAAAGAAAGGAAGGCAUGAUAAGCUUUGAUUGGAGAAAUAUCUUCAGUGUCAUCAACCAAGUUCUGCAUACGGUUCACCAAUACCUAGAGUGUUUGACUCUUGAUAAAUUUGAAGGCCAGGCUGAUGAAAUUCAGAUGACUCAUCGUGUCCUCCAUCUUCUAGAAGAAAGCAAGUUCUGGGCUGCUGUUGUUUUUUCUGAUUUGGACCCAGAAGCCAGCCAAUUGCCACCUCAUGUGAAAUACAAGAUUCGUAUGGAUAUUGAUGCAGUGGAGAAAACAAACAAAAUAAAGGACAGGUAUUGGGAUCCUGGUCCACGAGCUGACCCACUGGAUGAUUUGCGGUACAUCUGGGGAGGGUUUGCCUAUCUGCAAGAUAUGAUUGAGCAUGGGAUUAUCAAGACCCACACUGGUGUUGACAUGUCUCCAGGGAUCUACCUGCAACAAAUGCCCUACCCCUGCUUUGUAGAUGAUGUCUUCAUGGUUACUCUGAAUCGCUCCUUCCCCAUUUUCAUGGUGCUUGCUUGGAUCUACUCAGUUUCCAUGAUUGUGAAGAGCAUCGUGCUGGAGAAAGAAAUGAGACUGAAGGAGGCCAUGAAGAACAGGGGUGUCACAAAUGGGGCAAUUUGGUUUGCAUGGUUCCUAGACAGCUUUAUCAUGAUGGCUUUGAGCACCCUUCUCCUGACAGCCCUCAUUACAUAUGGGAAAGUGCUUCACUAUACAAAUCCCCGCCUCCUGUUCUUGUUCCUGUUGACCUUCACCACAGCCAGCAUCAUGCAGUGCUUCUUGCUCAGCACCUUUUUCUCCAAGGCUAAUCUGGCAGCUGCAUGCAGUGGAGUCAUCUACUUUACCCUCUAUUUGCCCCACAUCGUCUGCUUUGCCUGGCAGGACCGUCUGACUAUUAACCUAAAGCUUAUGGCAAGUUUGCUUUCACCUGUAGCUUUUGGGUUUGGUGCAGAAUACUUGUCACGCUAUGAAGAGCAAGGACUUGGGCUACAGUGGGAUAACAUCUGGAUCAGCCCGCUGGAAGGGGAUCAGUAUAGUUUCUUCUUUUCUAUAGAGAUGAUGUUUUUUGAUGCUUUUAUCUAUGGAUUGCUGGCCUGGUAUUUGGAUAAUGUCUUCCCAGGAGACUAUGGGAUACCUCGGCCUUGGUAUUUCCCUUUGCAGCAGUCAUACUGGCUUGGGUCAGGACACCCAAAGGAUGAGAAAACAACAACUGCGGAUGACAAAGAUUCAGAAAAAGAAGGGAGUGUUGACAUCAAGGCAGAAGAAGAGAUGAGAAAAGGCACACCUACUGAUGCUGAUAAGCGAGAGGAGAAGACUGACAGCCAAAGGAAGAAGGAUGGUAAAGAAAACCAGUGUAAACACAAAAGAAAGCACGAGCAGGGGAAGCCUGAGGCAGAAGCAAAGGACAAAGAUGAAAUUCCUACAAACCUACACUUUGAAGCUGAACCUUCUGGUUUCGUCCCAGGAGUGUGCAUUCAAAAUCUGGUGAAGAUCUUCCCUAACUGCUCUAAGGCAGCAGUGGAUGGAAUGAAUAUUACUUUCUACGAGGACCAGAUCACUGCUUUCCUUGGCCACAAUGGAGCUGGAAAGACAACUACCAUGUCUGUCCUCACAGGUUUGUUUCCUCCUACAUCUGGAACAAUACUAGUUGGUGGAAAGGACAUCCAGACACACAUGGAUUCCAUCAAGCAGCAUUUAGGCAUGUGCCCUCAGUACAACAUCUUGUUCAAUCACCUUACUGUUGCAGAACACAUCCAGUUUUAUGCUCAGCUGAAAGGGAGGUCCAGAGAGGAGGCAGAAUUGGAAGUGGAGAUGAUGCUAGAAGACAUAGGCCUUCCAUAUAAAAGGAAUGAAGAGGCUCAAAACUUGUCAGGUGGCAUGCAGCGGAAGUUGUCUGUUGCCAUUGCCUUUGUAGGUGAAGCUAAAGUGGUUGUCCUGGAUGAGCCUACUUCCGGAGUUGAUCCCUAUUCCAGACGAUCUAUUUGGGACCUCAUACUGAAGUAUCGUUCAGGCAGGACCAUCAUUCUUUCAACACACCACAUGGAUGAAGCAGACAUCCUUGGAGAUCGGGUUGCUAUCAUUUCCCAAGGAAAACUGCACUGCUCAGGAUCUCCUGUUUUCCUAAAGAGCUCAUUUGGGACAGGCUUUUAUCUCACCUUGGUUCGCAAGAUGAAAAACAUUCAAAAUGAGGGAGGAAAAGAAGCUACCUCCUGCAGCCUGGGAUCCAAAUGUUCAUGCUCUUGCGCUGGCUGCAUACCUACAAACAAUGCAGAAACCAUGGAACAGGAACUGGAUGGUGAUGUGGAUGAACUAAAUGAAUUGAUCCACCAUCAUGUUCCAGAAGCAAAGUUAAUCGAAAGUAUUGGUCAGGAGCUUAUCUACCUUCUACCCAGUAAGAAUUUUAGGCAACGAGCCUACGCCAGUCUCUUCAGAGAAUUAGAGGAAACUUUGGCUGAUAUGGGACUCAGCAGUUUUGGGAUUUCAGACACACCACUUGAAGAGGUUGCUAACUCUGAGACAUUUCCCUACUCCCUAGUCAUUUCUUUCAUAAUUUUGGGUGACUGCUUAUAUCUAAAUGAUGUUUUCUUGAAGGUUACAGCAGAAGCUGAUCUUGGAACACAGAAUUCAGGAGCUGUCCAGGUGAAUGGUACCACUGGACAAGAAGAGGCAGCCCAGGAAAGCACUCUGACAGCUAAUGGGACUUCUCGUGCCCCUGUGGCUUUGGAAGGAGAUGGGAGUGGUGGCAAAGGAUCCAGUCAGAAUAAAGGUUGCCAGCUUGUCCUUCAGCAGAUCAAAGCACUUCUUCUCAAACGAUUUCAUCAUUCCAGCCGUAGCUUGAAAGACUUCCUUGCUCAGAUUGUUCUGCCUGCUAGCUUUGUGCUCCUGGCUCUGUUACUUACAGUCAUCAUCCCUCCAUUUGGUGAAUACCCCAGUUUAACUCUCCAUCCUUGGAUCUAUGGACAGCAGUUCACUUUCUUCAGCAAUGAGAGACCUGGCAGUGAGCAAACGGUUUCUCUUACUGAUGCCUUCUUAAAUAAACCAGGAUUUGGGAAUCGCUGCUUGAAGAGAGAGCCUCUUCAGAACUACCCGUGCAUUAAUACAUCAACACCCUGGGAGACACCAGCUGUUCCUUAUAAUGUGUCUGUCCUUUUGCAAAUGAACACAUGGAAACCUGACAACCCAUCACCAUCCUGCAAAUGCAGCACUAGGAAGAAACUCACUAUGCUACCUGAGUGUCCUUUGGGAGCUGGUGGAUUUCCUCCUCCACAGAGAGUUCAGCGUAGCACAGAAAUUCUUCAGGAUCUCACUCAUCGAAAUAUUUCUGAUUUCCUAGUGAAAACAUAUCCCACUCUCAUUAGAAGCAGUUUGAAGAGUAAAUACUGGGUAAAUGAGCAGAGAUAUGGAGGCAUUUCCAUUGGAGGAAAACUCCCAGUCCUUCAUGUGACUGGAGAGCAAAUUGUUGAUUUUCUGAGAGACCUUGGUCAAAUGAUGAAUAUAACAGGGGGUGAAGCAACACUGGCUGCCUCUAAGGAAAUGUCAAAUUUUCUUAAAUAUAUGGAAACUGAAGACAACAUUAAGGUGUGGUUUAACAACAAGGGCUGGCAUGCCAUGGUUAGCUUUCUCAACAUAGCCAACAACGCAGUGCUACGAGCCAACCUGCAGCAAGGCAAAGACUCUGAGGAAUAUGGUAUAACUGCUAUCAACUAUCCACUGAACCUCACUAAAGAGCAGCUGUCUGAAGUCACUGUGCUGACCACUUCGGUAGAUGCCGUUGUUUCUAUCUGUGUGAUUUUUGCCAUGUCUUUCAUCCCAGCAAGCUUUGUUUUAUACCUGAUACAAGAACAGGUGACAAAAGCCAAGCACCUUCAGUUUGUCAGUGGUGUGAGCCCCCUUGUUUACUGGAUCACUAAUUUCCUUUGGGACAUGGUAAAUUAUAGUAUAAGUGCUGGCCUUGUAAUAGCGAUAUUCAUUGGUUUUAAAAAGAAAGCAUACACAUCACCAAGCAACCUUCCUGCACUUAUUACAUUGCUGCUUUUAUAUGGAUGGGCCAUAAUUCCUAUGAUGUACCCAGCAUCUUGCUUCUUUAGCAUCCCUAGCACUGCCUAUGUUGUCCUGUCUUGCAUUAACCUCUUCAUUGGUGUCAACAGCAGUGCCAUUACAUUUGUCCUGGAGCUGUUUGAGAACAAUCCGUCUUUGCUGAAAUUCAAUCAAACUUUGAAAAAGAUCCUGUUAGUCUUUCCUCAUUUUUGCCUGGGUCGUGGGCUUAUUGACCUAGCGAUGAACCAAGCUGUGGCUGAUGUGUAUGCUCAGUUUGGAGAAGAGCAUGUCUCAAAUCCAUUUCACUGGGAUUUUGCUGGGAAAAAUAUGGUUGCAUUGGCAGUGCAAGGUGUCGCAUAUUUUGUUCUGAAUCUUCUAAUUCAGCACAAUUUCUUCUCCACAAGAUGGCUUUCCAAAAAUACAGAGAUGCUGCCUGUCAUGGAUGAAGAUGAAGAUGUUGCAGAGGAGAGACAACGAAUCAUAAGUGGAGGCAGCAAAACAGAUAUUUUGAAAUUACAGGAACUGACCAAGAGGUAUGCAGGACAACAAGUUCCAGCAGUGGAUAGACUUUGUGUCAGUGUUCGUCCUGGAGAGUGCUUUGGUCUCCUGGGUGUGAAUGGCGCUGGCAAGACAACAACAUUCAAAAUGCUGACUGGAGAUACUGAAGUAACAUCUGGAGAGGCUAUUGUGGCUGGGCACAGUGUAUUGUCUCAGAUCUCUGAUGUUCAUCAAAACAUGGGCUACUGCCCACAGUUUGAUGCUAUUGAUGAUUUGCUCACCGGGAGAGAGCACUUGUGUCUCUAUGCCCAUCUGCGUGGGGUCCCUGCAGCAGAAGUCAAAAGGGUGGCAGAGUGGGGGAUUCAGAAGCUUGGUCUGUUGACGUAUGCAGAUCAGCUAGCAGGCACAUACAGUGGGGGUAAUAAGCGCAAGCUGUCAACCGCCAUUGCACUGAUAGGUUGCCCUCCUUUAGUCCUACUGGAUGAACCAACUACAGGAAUGGAUCCUCAGUCCCGACGCUUCUUAUGGAACUCAAUUGUCAGUGUGAUCAGAGAUGGAAGAGCUGUGGUCCUGACCUCACACAGUAUGGAAGAAUGUGAGGCCCUCUGUACCCGCCUAGCCAUCAUGGUUAAGGGAACCUUCAAAUGCCUGGGCACCAUCCAGCACCUCAAAUACAAAUAUGGAGAUGGCUACAUUGUCACCAUGAAAAUCAAGCCCCCUAAAGCUGGAUUAAUGCCAGAUUUGAGUUUAACAGAACACUUCAUACAAGUGAACUUCCCAGGCAGUGUACAGAGAGAAAAGCACCACAACAUGUUGCAAUACCAGAUAUGCACCUGCUCAUUGGCCAGGAUCUUCCGCUUGAUUCUCUCCAACAAGGACAAUUUAAAUAUAGAGGAAUACUCUGUCACGCAAACUACCCUAGAUCAGGUUUUUGUGAACUUUGCUAAACAACAGAUGGAGGAUGAGGAAAUUCCUCUACAUCCUCGUGCAGCUGGAGCUAAUAGAGAGGUGAAGGUGACCCCUUCCUUCUAUCGACAGACAACCACAUAGAAGAGCUGUACAGCACCUAAAGCAAAGUCUCAGACACCUGAGGGUCAUGCCAUACCACAGUACUGUAAAUACUGAAUAUGCUUCUCACAAGCAUAACGAUUUAAGCAAAGCAGGACAUGAUGAGGGGUUCUAGGUGGGAACAAUGAUGGGGUCAAAUAAGUAGAUCGUCAGAAACCAAGCAAGCAUUUAAUUGCUUCCUAGUUUCAUUCUGAACCAAAAGCAGAAAAAGUACAAACACUGGGUUUAAAUAUCUAACUUGAAACUGGUACCUAUGCACAGAAUCAGAUUAGGACUUGAUAGCAAUCAAGCACAAGUCGUUUUUUCAGAUGUCAUCCUGACAAAGUCUCUCACUGCCAACUAAAGAUGGCAAAUAUUAUGAAUGCAGAGGAAACCUUUAACUUCCUCAUGGCUUUCAUUAUACUUAUGGAUCCAUCCUACUAAAUUAUAGUUUUAACUUUGAGAAAUAGAACUGUUGGCAAAUGGUGAAAAUUCCAAGGGCUAUAAAUUACUUCAGUUCGAAGCCUAAUUAAAUGUACCAGUGGUGGAUCUGCAAUUUUCCCUGCUAUGAAAAUCUUAGAGUUUGGAUUUAGCCUAGGCCUAGGUCAUAACUGUGCAGAACUCUGUGAAAUUAAUAGUAAACCAUGUGGAACAGAUCCCCAAGGUACAAAUUUGAUACUGCAUUUGUAGAUUGUGUAGGAGGAGUGUCAUGUUGUUUGGGGUUCACUUUGAAUUAUUGUAAUCUCUAGAUGUGGGGUAGGUAUUGUAUUCCCCUUGGAGAGUGGGUUGUAUCCUACACACUCCCUGAUGUUGUUCCAUCCCUGGCAGAAGCACCAACUGGAGCCUGUCUAACUGGCGCUUUGGCUGGGGAGCCAGUUUUACUCGCCCUUUGAAAGCAACGGACAAGCAAAGUGCCAGUGGGCAGUUCUUGCAAAUGCCAGCCAGAAAUGCACCUGGCUUUUCUCAGUUCCUCAAUCCACUGUGGGUCAGUAACCUUUAUUAUUAUCUGUUGAUUUAUACAUUUCAAUGCCAUCAGCUGUUUUGGUCCUAUUGAAGGUAAACACAUUUUAAAUAAACAGCCUUUUAUUUUUCAGUUUCAGAGUAGAAGAGAACAAGUCAGUGUUCACUUCUUAACAUGUCUGCUGCCAGAAAAGGGGAAGCAAAAGCAUGAACAUUUGUAUGGGGAGCUUGUAUGGGAAAUGGGUCCCUACAGAGUUUUGAAGCAUUUUUGGAACACCAGCACAAUUCUUUUUUGAAUGACUAUCCUUAUUUGUUUACAGUAUCCUUGACCCCAAUAGCUGCUUGCACAACUACUUGUCUGAUUUGUUCUCCAAACAAUACUCAUGCCACAAAUAUAACCCAUGUGUAACAUGUUAGGAAGGAUAUAAACAAAGUAAGUUUAGAAGGGGGUAAUGAUGAUAUUCAAAACGGCCCCAUGAGGAAAUUUGAAAAAACUGGAUUUUGUCUUGAGAAAUGAUGGCUGGAGGAGACAUAAAAACACCCUUCAGAUACUUGAAAGGCUAUCACACAGAAGAACUCAAAGACUUGUUCUUUGCUGACCUUCAGGGCAGAAUUGAAUCUAAUGGGAUUAAGUUACAGAAGAGUAGGUUUCAGUAGGAAAAACUUCUUAAUGGUAAGAGCAUGUCAACAAUGGAAACAAUUACCUGAAGAGAUGGCGGACUCUCCCUUGCUGGAGGUCCUCAAGAGCCUGGGCAGCACUUUGUUGGGAAAGUUCUGGAUUUCCAAUGAUGAACAUUGGGGGUUAAACUACAAAGCCACUAUAAGUUCUGUGAUCCUAACAAUUGCGUAACUCACCUUGAAAAUUUUAAUAGUAAGGCAACUCAUAAAGGUAUACAUGAAUUUGAACCUGGCCUUAAAAGUGUGAGUUGCCAUUUUCCAUUACUUGUAGUAAUAUUUCCCAACCACCUUGUCUUCAGUACUAGUUGCUGCCUAACAAAUACUUUUGUGUUGUAUUUGCAUAAGGUUGGAUGUGUUGAGUGAAAAAUUUUAUAGUAGGUAUUCCUUUUUUAACAUGAGCAAGUUGGUUUUGCUGAGCGUUAAACAAGGUAAAACUUCAGCAACCCAUUGCAACCGCCUGGAGUCCAGGUUGGAUAUGCCUUUCACUGUAUCAUGGAUUGUUGAAUCAUAGGUUGCUGUUACACAUUAUCCCUGUACUAUGGAUGUGUGAGGAAUCUGGUGGGAGUGAAAAUCCAAUGGAAUUUCAUAAUUUCCCAUCAUCACCAGCUUCUGGUUUGGUAACUCCAUGCUGGUGCCCAUUUACUGUUGUUUGAUUCAACAAUCUCAUAGAGUUCCAUCUCUAAAAAAGGUUGAGGUCUGUGCAUUUUUACAUGCUUAAGAAACUCGUGCAUCAUUUGUGCUAUUUGCACAAAUUGGAAGCUGCAAACUGUGCAAUUUCUAUGUGAUUUGUGCAAAUUGCACUAGAACUAUCUGGAGCUCAGUUUUCAAUUUGUGCAAAUUGUGUAAAUACUGUGCAAAUUUCCCUAGCAUAAAACAUACAAACCAUGGCCCAUCUCAGAAAUUCAAGUGCAUGAACUUUGCAGCACACUGGCCCACUUCCAGUCACUGGGUUCUAAGAGGGCAGAAAAUCCAUUGAGCUCAAGAGCUGGGCUUCCCAGCCGCUCUGUAUCCAUACCAUCUGUUAUGGUUUAAGUGUGGAGUGGUAACCACAAAACCCCCAGAGUUCACAACGCAACAAACAGUGGGUUCUUUUCCUGGGUUGUUUGUGGUUAACAACAAAGUAUAAACUGGAAUGCAGGCACAUAAUAACUACCUACCAUUCAACAACGCAAUAAUCCAGGAUUGUUCUUACAUGUGAACCAACACAAUAUAUCUUCAAUUACUGUAAGUAUUUGGACUGAGAUCAAAAUAUAAGCUUGACUUUAUUGCAUAUUAUCUUUACAAAUAGUUGGAAAAAUGUCUGUACAUUAAUUCUAGAGAAAUAAAUCUUGUCAAGGAAACAGUU